AAAUCCUAAUCUACAUACUACAUAGUCUCCCUAAUCUAAGUUCUAUUUACAGGAAAACGUCAAGUCUAAUUCUAAGUUUUGUUUUAUGGUUGUUUUAUUGUAUUAUAGAUAAUUAUUGUAAAAUUUCUCCCUCUUUCAGCAAUAAACAAAGUUUAAAACAUAUAUUAUAACCCUUUAAAAGACUGACUAAUAAGUAUUCAUUAAUAAAAUUAAAGAAAACCAAAUAAUGUCAAUAUACCGAUUAUUUUGGAUAAUUUUUAUUUCUGCUUAUUCUGUCGUUCGUAGUGAUGAUUUUAAAGAAGAGAUGUAUAUUAAACCCCUGCCACCAUCACAUCUAUAUACUUAUUUUCAAUUUAUAACUAUUGUAAAUCACAAAUCCACUGAACACUCUCACUUAUCGCCAAGAUCACUAGGGGAAGUUAUAUCACGAUUUAAAGUAGAUGAACUGCAUUUAACUUUGACUGAAGGACAAUGGAGACACCAUCAAUGGGGAUAUCCGGUUCUCGAUGCCGCACCAGGCGCGGAACUGUAUGCUUGGUUCGCAACAGAUGUUGACGAUAUUGAUACCCAGUGGCGCAAGUUAACUUCUACCUUGUCGGGACUAUUUUGUGCCUCUCUCAAUUUUAUAGAUAAUUUCAACACAGUAAUACCUCAAAUGGCACUAUGGCCUACAGGAGCUGUAAAACCAAUUCAGAACAUUACAUCCCAGCUUAGAUACGCUUCUUUGCCAAGAGAAAUUGUUUGCACAGAAAACCUAACUCCAUGGAAGAAACUUUUACCUUGCGAAUCAAGUCGGGGAUUUUCAGCAUUAUUAAACUCAAGAAUGAUACACAACACAAAAUACCAUUCAAUUGGGGUUCAUGUUAGAAAAAUUUGUGCCAAUAAAGACUGUACUGACACUCAUUUAGAAAUAAAACAAACUGUAGCACUUGUUUAUGAUUAUAAAAUUAUAAAUAGUAUGGACUGGUCAUUUAGGAAAUUAUUUGGCCAAGGAUUGCCUGGAGCUUGUACCCUCUCAUCUGCCAGUACAAUAUAUGUUGAUGUAACAACUAAUUCUAGUCAUUCAUUCAAGUUGACACCAUCACCUCACAGAAUAUUACAAUCACAAAGAGGAGCUAGUGAAACAGAGUUUGCUGUAUAUGAUAUACAUAACAAUGGUGAAAUGAUAAAUAUUGGUGCAAAGUAUGAUUCUAAGUAUAGUAAUAAUAUGACUGUUAUAAUCCCACCUCCUAUAUAUUUCAAUAGAUAUGUUUUGGGUUAUGGUAAAGAAUUUGGUGGUAUUGUUACUGAAUUAGUUAAUAAUUACAUGACAGCUAUCGAUGUUGUUCUAUUAGAAAAUGCACCUUGGUGGUUGCCAAUACAGCUUAGCUCAUUGAGAGUCAAUGGAGAAGCUAAUAACAAGCUUGUCAUUGCACAAUACUUUUCACCUGGGAGAAAUAGACAGAAACCUUACCAUUUAGAACUACUAAUAAAACUGCCUCCGAGAUCUACUACCACUGUUACAAUUGAUUUUGAAUUUGUAUUUUUAAAAUGGCAAGAAUACCCACCAGAUGCCAACCAUGGGUUUUACAUUGGAUCUGCAUUGAUAACUGCAAAUUUGCCAACUGCAAAACAAUAUUCGAGCUUACCUAUUAGUGGCAGCACUUUUGACUCCAUAAUCAAUGCAUCAAAACCUUGGUAUCCAGCUGUGUUCAGAACAAAUGGAGCCAUGGUCUCCUUACCUACUCCAGAUUUUAGUAUGCCAUACAAUGUCAUUUGUCUUGCUUGUACUGUUGUAGCAUUAGCAUUUGGACCACUCCAUAAUAUUUGUACCAAAGAAUUAAUAUUAAAGCCAGUGGGUACCCCAGUGUCUUUAACCCAGAAACUAAUGAAUUUACUCAAGAGAAAAAAGGAUUAAUAGCUUAGUUUCAUUUAUUGAUUUUUUUAGUUUUCAAUAAAUAUAAUUUAUCAAGUACAAAAA